AACCAUGAAGUAUUUUUCUAAAGUCGUGAGACAAAUGAAAACAAUGAGGGGCAGCAUACACUGCUUCUGAAUCUCAUUUCUCUGAGUGCAUUUCUCAACGUUAUGUAAAUAAAUGCAUGUUGUCAGUAUCCCCUUCGUGUGAAGCUCUGGACUUGCGCUGUCGACCGCUCCAUCACAACAUCGGCUGUCAGUCUGCUACAUUUCCCGUCUCUCUCAAAGCUAGCUAGCUGGCAGCAGCUACUGUAACACCUCAGCUGGAAGAAGGAACCUCACACUUCUGAUUCUACGCCCCCAAGUUGCACAGAGAGGUACAGUUCUAGAGGAUGCAGUCUGAUGGAGGAGUUGUCUAGUUUUGUGACGACAAAAAAAACAUGUUUCCUUGUCAUGUAACUCCUUGGCCCUCUGCUGAGUCUCCGGCGUCCUGCGGCAGUCAUGCACCGUCAGUGCAGCAACCUCUCCCUGAUCUGCUGUGCAGCUGUCCCUCCCCGCCUUUAAACGCGCACUCUGAGACACCGUCCCCAGACCCCAUGGAGUCCCUCAUUGUGGUCACAGAGUAUGAACCAAGUCAACCACCUGGAGAGGAAGAGGUGGAAGAAAUGGACAGCUCUGAGACACCGGAGCCAGCUUCCUCAGCAGGAGCUCCUUUCCGGACUCCAUCCUGCGACCUGCUGUCCCAUACAGUUGGUUGGCCCGAGGUUCUGCUGCCUGAAAGCCAAGAGCAGCGGGGCAGAUUGAGUUUAUCUGACCGGAAACUUUCCCUGCAAGAACGCUCACACACUGCCACCUCACCCUGCAGUUCCCCUGGACUUAACGGGCGCUAUAUUUACCCGUCGUUACCUUACUCUCCCAUCACAUCACCCCACUCCUCUCCACGCCUGCCCCGUCGACCCACUGUGGAGUCCCACAGUGUUUCCAUCAUAGAUCUCCAGGACUGCGUUCAGCUCAACCAGUACAAACUGAAGGAUGAGAUUGGAAAGGGAUCUUAUGGCGUUGUCAAGCUUGCUUACAAUGAAGAUGACAACACAUACUAUGCGAUGAAGCUUUUAUCCAAGAAGAGGCUCCUGAGGCAGGCAGGGUUUCCACGGAGACCACCUCCUCGUGGAACCAGAGCAGUCCCCGAAGGUCCAGCUCAGCAUAAAGGGCCACUGGAACGAGUUUAUCAAGAGAUAGCCAUUCUAAAAAAACUCGACCAUCCUAAUGUAGUUAAACUAGUAGAGGUCUUGGAUGACCCCAGAGAGGACCAUCUGUACAUGGUGUUUGAGCUGGUGAAGCAAGGGGCUGUGAUGGAGGUGCCAACUGAUAAACCCUUCAGUGAGGAAAAGGCCCGCUUUUACUUCAGGGAUCUGCUGAGAGGAAUUGAGUACUUGCAUUAUCAGAGAAUCAUUCAUAGAGACAUCAAACCCUCUAACUUGCUGGUGGGAGAAGAUGGACACAUCAAGAUUGCAGACUUUGGAGUUAGUAACCAGUUUGAAGGUGCCGAUGCCCUGCUCACCAGCACAGUGGGAACACCUGCUUUCCUUGCUCCUGAAACACUUUCUGAGACCAGAAAAAAUUUCUCUGGGAAGGCAUUGGAUGUCUGGGCUAUGGGAGUAACGCUUUACUGCUUCGUCUUUGGAGUGUGUCCUUUUAUGGAUGAGCGCAUUCUUAGUCUACAUCAAAAAAUCAAAACCCAACCUGUGGUGAUACCAGAAUGUGCAAACAUAUCGGAUGGCCUCAAAGAUUUGCUGUUGAAAAUGUUGGACAAGAAUCCGGAGGCCAGAAUACCAGUGGCACAGAUAAAGGCUCAUCCGUGGGUGACGAAGCACGGUGCCGAGCCUCUUCCUCCUGAGGAUGACAACUGCUGUUUGCUGAUUGAGGUCACUGAGGAGGAAGUGGAGAAUUCUGUUAAACACAUUCCAAGUCUGACUACAGUGAUUUUGGUGAGAACCAUGUUAAGGAAGCGCUCCUUUGGGAAUCCCUUCGACUUGAGCCGAAAGGAGGAUCGCAGCGGUUUGUGUGCUCCAGCGCAAACAUUUACGAAACAAGAGAGUGCAGCCGGAGUGAGCAGCAUGGACCUUCCCUAUGUAGGAGAAGACGAGGCUCUUUCCUGAUAGAAACGGCUUUAUAUGCACACUGAUAUCUUCCUGCCUGUAACUGCACAACACGACACCCCUUUACUCUUUUAAACUGACCGUCAACGCUUAUGGACUUCAACUUUUUACGUUGGAUGCAAAGAAUUUUAAAAGAAGGGACGAACUUAUGAUCUUAAGGACUUUGGUGAUGAUUUUUGUGACGAUGGUUAUCUUUUCUCUUCUUGUACAGCUUACCUUUGAGGUGGUGGGGAUUUGUGACUGUCGUAUGUGAACCUCCCAGGGGGUUGACCCCCAUAAAACCUUGAAAUGUUGCCUCCUUUCCCUCAACUUACUCUUCUCCUCCUCUCUUGCAUGCAUUUAUAGUCUCAGCAUGCCUCGUCUCAGGCUUCAAUGGUCCAGUUUCAGGUUUUUAAUGUAGUCUAUUCCCUAGGUCCCCCACUUGUUUUUACUUGAUAAGAUCUUCAGGUGUACUGUGCUGAGAAAAAAAGGGGAUGUUUGGAUGUGAGUUCACCAUCACAACUGGCCUUCUCUUUGGCAGAGAAUGCCUCCUGACAAAGAUUGUCGAAGUUCAGAGUAUGGUAGAGUGGCAGUGCCCAGUUUUGUUACAUAUUUAAGACUGUACAGUUUACCAAAUAAGGAAAAAGGGACGCUAAAACAUGUUUACUUCAUUGAAUGCAUGUAAUUAUUUUUACAAGAUAUUUAUCUUAAUUCCCACACUUUAAGUUUGACGUGUACUGCAAUUAAUAGAAAGCUUUAAAUGAUUUAAAAUGGUUAAUGUAGUGCUGUGUGAACGUUCACAUUUGUCGUCACUGCAUUUGGAUGGCAUAGGAGGAAAAAAGGACCUUUAUAUAUGCUAAAACUUGUACUUUCAGACAUGUUAAGUGAGGAGUUUUUGUUUUAGGUGUUUACACUCAAUUUUAAAGCUCAGUGAGAUGCAGUAAGCUGAAUAUUAAAGUCUGCAUGUGAGAAGAGCAGAAUGUGUUGGUGAAAAGUUGUUGUUUCCUUAAAUAUUUCAAUCAAAGUAUUUUACUGUGCUAUAAAGGCAGGGUUUUACACGUUCCUGCAGCAUUCUGUUUUAGGAUUUACUUGAUGACAACAGAACCUCAAAUCAAAAAGGAAACCUUCUAGUUUUUUUUUGUGUGUUUGUUUUGUCUCACUGGAUUUAUGUUAUUUAAAGACAAAGACCGUUUAAAUAAAUGCACAGGUUUACAAAGUAAAUGACAAACAAUUUCUUGUUCUUAUUGUUGACCUAUAAAAGCUGGCUGCUGCUAUAAGGUUAGGAAGCAUAGUGCCAAUAUUCAGACGUUUUACAGAUCUAUGCAUGUCAUAUCUUUUGACGUGUUUGGUCAGAAACAUCAGUCACUCUGGAAAGAAGCAGAAUUUAAUUACUGAAAUCAAUUACAAAUGUCCUCAUUUUCCCCCCCCCCCAUUUUUUUACCUUUUCAUCUGUUCUGUAUUUUGUUUUCAAACAUUUAGUGUUGUGGAUAAAAUGACUGAAUGUGUGUCUAGUUAACAUAGAUUAUUGACAGUGUUGAUGCUAACAUUUAAUGCUUCCACACGUUUUAGUUCAGCACUUCUGUGUUGAAUGUAUAAGAAAAGGGAAGGACUUUUUUGUACUCGUACCUGCAUGUUUCUCUGAAAUGUAUGUUGGUUUUUAAGACUCGUACUAUGCACAUUAAAUGUCUUUAAGGUGCAGCAGUACACCUUGUUGAGCACGCUCAGACGCUAUAAUUCGGGUGAUAUGUUUUGGAAGAUUCUUGAUGAAGAUGAAUGUCAUAAAUUUGGUCUCAAAUUUAUCUUUUCCAAAUGGGUUCUCCAGUCUAGCUUGAAAGUGUAUUUUGUAACAGGGAUAAUUAAGGUUCAAGGAAGGAAAUUAAGCAAUUUAAAUUAACUCUCCAAUUUCGGCCUGGAAAAAAUGAUCAAAUAUUUGUAAUUACUCCAUAAGCUUCUUUUUAUGGCUACAAAAAGCAUAUGGUCAUAGUGCUAUGUCCUAGGGCAGGAUUAACCUAAUAAGAGCAUUUGUAUGUAUACACUGAGAGUAUAUGUUUAAUUUUAAUUCAGUUUUAAUGAAAACAAAUUCACAAUAAAUUCAAACUUGUGCACCCAA